GCACAAGCAGCUCAUAGCAGGCGCGUUGUUGUGGAGGAAUUCCCCGACGCGCUUGAACGCGCGCCGCGCCGCGCUGCUCUUCCUCUGCCUCUGCCUCUGCAUUCUCUUGCCCACCUCAUCGCCUACUAAGGCAUUCGUGUGCGACAACACCUCGACUUGGUGUGUACCGUAGAGCCUUCUCAUCUUCCCGCAGUCACCGACGCCACGGUCGAAUCAACAUCGUUGCGGUCGAACAUGGCGAUGGAUUUGGUGGCAUCGGCCAGGCUGCACUGGCAAGAUUGUCUUGCCCAGCAGUCGGCACAGGCAGGUCCAAGCAGCAUACAACCACACCUCAAUCACCUCAUCGUCGAGAGGCGCAAGCAGGAAUCGCAGCUGAGCGACGCGCUAGAGCUCCUCCAUCAAUCGUUGACAGAAGCCGCUGCACAUCGACAAGACCAGAAAGCGUGGAGCAUCUGCAGCUCAUCAUUGGCAGAGGUGGCACCACGCAUUGCCGCUCUAGCUAGCGACAAUGCUCGCUUUCCUCGGGGCGCUCAUGCGUCAUCACGCGCAGCCGACGAUCAGCUCAGAGCGACUUUGAAACGCCAUUGGCAGCUUUUCGAGAGAUCGGUAGCAUGCGAGCUGCUGACAGAGCAGCAACUCGAGGCAAGCAGGGGUGCGCAUCUUCCCGUGAUUCCUCUGCUGCGCUCCUUAUCUGCCGUUGACGAGUUGGAGCUGGAAGAUCUGGCGAGGAGCGCAGCUGAGCAUGCCCUCGCACAGGCCAUGCAGCACCUGCUCCAACAUCACCCUUCAAUCCGGGCGAGGCGAACCAGGCGAGCACCGACAGACGAGUCCAUCUACCACCAAGCACGUCUUGCUGCCGCAAAGCACGCGGUCAAGCAGUGCACAGCACGAGUCAAGCAAUAUAUGCGGUCCAGCAAUAAGAACUUCCUUGCAACGAUUGAAAGCGAACUGGCAGAGGUGGCCACAGACAUGCUUCGUGAGGCGCGCAUCUCUCAACUCUUCGACAUCCUAACCCGCUUUCCAGCUUCGACGCCAGCCUUGAGCGAUCUGCGCGAUGUGCUCAGAACGACUGAGCAUAAAGAAGAUGUUUGGCUCGACCUAUCGCUCAGCUUGCAGGACCGGCUCCUGCACCCAGGAGCACCCACUGCUCAGAUUGUUCAGCUGUACGUCUACCUCAUCAGGGGCCUUCGCAUCGUUGACUCUUCCGGUCUCAUCUUGUCUCACGUGAUAGGAGAAGUACGAAGGUACCUGCGAGCAAGGCCCGAUACCAUCAACGUACUCAUCAGCGCUUUGCUGGGAACGGACGAAAGGUUUGCCAUGCUAAGAGAAGAUAUGGGGCUGGGGGAGAGCGGUCAGACGAAUGAGGAUGACGAUAAUAGUCAACUGAUUCCACACGUCUCUCGAGCUCCCGCAAAAGAUGCGCUUGUCGGAGCGACGCUGGCCGCAUCCGCCCUAAACCAGAUGCCCAAAAAUUGGUCAGAUCCCAAUUGGGAGCCAAGGCCAAUCAAUGCUGGUCCUGACUACAGGCUGGGCACCUCUUACGACGUCGUACAGAUGCUGGUAGGCAUCUUUGAGGAUCGCAGCAGGUUUGUGAACGCUUUAGAGGUCAGCACCGCAAAGGGACUCUUGGAUGUCAAAGGGUACGACACGGUGAAACAGCUCGAGACGAACUUGAUUCUCAAGCGACGCUUUGGCGAUGUCCUGCUUUCGCGCUGCGACACUAUGCUCGAUGACGUAGUGAAUUCGAAACGUACAGACAGCAACAUUCAUGCCAACAUCCUACCGCCCGUCGCAAGUCGAGAUCACUUUGGGCGAUUGAUGCCAAAUCCGUCUCCUCGGACGUCGAGCUUUUCAGAACCCGUAGAGCCAACAACGCAUGUCACGCACCCGCUCAUAUACUCUAGACAAUUCUGGCCGGAUCUGGAGCGCGGACCUCAAUCGGUGACGAUGGGCAGCGCUCAGCAAGGAAACGAUAGUCAGGUGCCGCACAUCCCGCUGCCACCCUCUGGGCUGAGCUUGCUCACCUUUCCGCCGGAGAGCGUUUUGGGCAAGAGUCUGGAGACGUACGGAACGGCGUACAAGAAGGCGAAGACGAUGCGAAAGGUGCAGUGGCUCAAUAGCAGAGCCACGGUGGAUCUCAGCUUGGAGAUGGACGACGGAAGACGAAUCGAGAUCGAAGCGGUCGACGUGCUGUAUGCUGCUACGAUCGAAUGGGUCGCAAGCUUGGCCGGAACAAGCACUGCAUUGACGCUUUCCAACCUGGGUUUGGCACUGGGUGUGGACCACGCCGCGGCUGAGAAGGCUGUGCGAUUCUGGUGCGAUCGUUGCAUCUUGCGAGAGGGUCGCGAUGCGGGCGAGAUCAGCGAGGACACGUUUGUGGUGGUGGAGAACGUAGAUGCAUCCGAAGAGGGCGCAAAUGUUUGAUCUCUGCCGCUCUUGCUCACCUUUCUCUGCUACAGCGCCAAGGAGUCUAUCAUGUGUAGUUGUAUUUCAAAUCACGACGCAGCAGGCCAACACAAAUUGCACCUACAGUAGCGGUGCGAUCGUGCAAGACCGCCAGCGCGCCAGCGCUAGUACGUCGCUCGCUCUGAUUUGGUACGCGAC